UUUUAAGCCAAAAGCUUGGUGUUGUUUUGUUUUUUUUUUGUUUUUUUGUUUCUUCGUCUUUGGUGUAUUGGCUAUUGUAAUGUGCCUCGAGAUCUUCAUAAGACAUAAGAAAAGGCUCUUAUUAGUGCUUCUGUGGUUGGCCCUUUGCAGUGUUAUAUAUUAUUUACAUAGUUUGAAUAUAGUAAAACAGAGUCUAGAAUCGAUAAACCUGGUAAAUGAAGAUAUACAAAAAACACCAAAUGAAUUCGAAUCAUUGGUAAUAACAAAACUGGGGGCUCUCGGACGACCAGCGAGAGGCAAUUGGAAAACCAAAGAGUUGAAAGAGAUCAAGCGAUGGCAGAAAGAAACAGGUUUCAAUGCUUGGCUCUCGGAGCGUAUAUCGCCAGAGCGUACGCUUUUUGAUAUGCGGCAUAGAAGCUGCAAAAAGCUCAAGUACCCGGUGGAAAAGCUUCCAGCGAUCAGUAUAGUGAUCACCUAUUAUAAUGAGCAGACAAGUGUACUUUUGCGUACCCUUAGCAGUAUCCGGGAUCGAACUCCUAUAUUCUUAUUACGUGAAAUCAUAUUGAUCGAUGAUGGCAGCAGCAGCGGAGCAAAUAAUCCCAAGUUUAUCGAAUUCUUGAAGAACAAAUAUCAAGAUCUGGUAAAGCAUCAACGCCUUAAUACCCAAGUGGGUCUGAUGAAAGCUCGUGUUGUGGGCGCACAACAAGCUUUAGCCGAUAUUCUCGUAUUCUUAGAUGCUCAUGUGGAGGUUACCAAGGGUUGGCUAGAGCCAUUACUAACUCCGAUAUUAAGGGACAAUAGAACCUGUACAACUCCCAUAAUAGAUACAAUAGAUUUGAAUAAUUUCGCCUAUAAGAGAGCAACACCAUCCAGAGGAUUUUUCGAUUGGCAUUUUAAUUAUAUUCAAUUACCACUACUUAAGGAAGAAUAUGUAGCCUUGCCGGCUCCACAUGAGAAUCCCAUAAUGAACGGCGGUCUCUUUGCCAUCUCACGACAAUGGUUCUUCGAUUUGGGAGCCUAUGAUGAAGGAUUACGUCUCUGGGGUGGCGAGCAAUUUGAAUUGAGCCUUAAGAUUUGGCUUUGUGGCGGUACAUUACUAGAAGUCCCUUGUUCUAGAGUUGGACAUUUGUAUCGAGAUGCCAGCUACAAGGUCAACUUGCCCAAAGAAGAAAAGAAUCGAUUGAUCAAGGCAGAAAAUACGAACUAUCGACGUGUGGCUGAGGUCUGGUUGGAUGACUAUAAAGACAAACUUUUCGUUAAUAUGCCGCAACUAACUGUGGUCAAAGCGGGCUCCCUAAAAAAACAAUUCGCUCUAAAAAAGCGUCUUGAAUGCAAACCCUUCAGUUGGUUCCUUUCCCGAUUGGCUAGUGAUUUCCUUGCUAUUUAUCCGAUUCUAGAGGAAAGAGACUACGCCUUUGGUGCCAUACAAAGCAUUGGCCAUAGCGAUCUCUGUUUGGAUCGCAGAGAUAAUUCGAAACAACAUCCUCAACUCCUGCGCUGUGACAUCGAUUUGAAGUAUCCCAAAGCCGAACAACGUUGGACUCUUCGGUCAUUUCGAGAUGUGGAAUCUGGUUCAAAGUGCUUGGAACGACGAGGCGAGAAUCAAAUUUGGUUAUUCCCAUGCCAUAAAAAGCAGGGCAAUCAAUUUUGGUUCUAUAAUCAAGAUACAAAACAAUUAAUACAAGGUCAAAGGCUAAGCGAUAGACAAUGUCUUGAGGCUGAUCUCAAUGCCAUAACGGUUUCGGCGAAUUCCUGUGAUGAAGUGAACUUAAAUCAAAAAUGGAAUUUGGGCUAUAUAAAUGAAACACUUAUGAGAGGAUUCUGGGAGAAUGUUAAGCAAAUGUGA